AUGCUGGUCCGAAAAGGGUUUAUUCGUGGUGUGCAAACCCUACACACUCCGAUUCUCAACACGAAUCAUCUUUCUACGAGACAGGGAUUACUACACCACAUCAGGUUAUUGGAUGAUGUGUUGAAUCGCACUAGUUACAACAAAACACUUCUAUUUGAAGGCAAAUACAAGAGGUUGCCAUCGUUCAUUACAUCAAGGGAUACUGUUAGAUUGGAAAACGUCAUACGUGAAUUUACAGAUGGUCUGCAGAUGGCGCAAGCUCUCGAUACAAGCUUGCAACUAAAUCCUAACGAAAAAUUAGGCAAGAUUGGUUUGCAACUGUUUAUGGAGUGCCAUAGGAAUAUGAUAGUUCCAACCAGUACAUCGCUUACGAUUUCACUGAUGAACGAAUAUAACAAGUAUCCAUCAAAAGAAACAUUAGAUGGAAUUCUUCGAGGGAUUCGGAAGGUAUAUACUCAUUUGGACAGUCAUAAGUUUCACCUGAAGGAACCAGCGGAUAUUGACUCACUAGUGGACAGAUUAGCAUUCUCCCAGGCGAAUGCAGCUACAGUCAAAAAUGCUUUAAGGAUUUUAAAUUAUGAACUUUACAGCGAUGAUAAGGUCAGGGUUGUUCGUGGCCGGAAAACAAGUGAUGAGAUCGAAGUAUCGAAGGGAUGGAAAUACGCUGCUGGUAUCCCUACUUUAAGCGAUGCUUACACGCGCUCUUUAGAUCUUCACAACAGAAAACUAGUGAGUAUAAAUGAGCCUAGUUUGGUAUUGGUGUAUGAUGGUACCUUGCGUGAUGCAAAUAAAAUUUUGCCCACUUUGCAUUAUGCUUUUAAAGAGGAGAAGCCUGUCCUAUUGAUAGUAAACGGAGAGAUUGUUGGUGAUGCUUUAACAGCGAUUACAAUACACAACAAUAAGAGUAAACGUAAUAAGAAUGCUUCCACUGCAGUUAUUUUAAGGUACAUUGCAAGAGACCACAAUGGUUUACAUAUACAAGAGAACUACAAUUUAAUAAAUUUCUUAAAACUUCCACGCGGUGUAGGCAGCAUAUACAAUCCAGAGUUUUGUGAUUACGUCCCAAGCAAGCAAACAGCAAAGCACUAUUUUGGGUCAAUUGAAUCUAUUAAAGCCACGUCAGGUGAGUGUUUCCUCUACAAUGAUAACCAUGAUGGGGUCGACAAUCCGGCUCUCAGAUCAACAGUCACUAUUUAUGUGGGUGGAACUAGCGAGGUAGAAAUCGACAGACGAAGGGCAAUAAUAGACAAUAUAAUAAACCAAUAUCUAUGUCACGGUCUAUCAAAGGGAUUCGUUCCCACAUUCGGAAUUGCCCUUGCUAAAUGCAUUGGCCCUAUAAGCCAACUGGGACCCGAUUAUAAAGACACGCGCAUGGUCCUGGAAAGUUUAGCCCUCCCAAUGGAGAACGCAAUCCGCAACUUAUACGGUAUAAGCAACUACGAGGUGAGUAAGAUUGUCUCCGACACAAUUUUGGACCCCCGGUUCUCAUACGCAAUCCUCCCCUCUGGCUCCACAAACACGAUCAGUAAGGGCUACUUGGAACCAUGGUCCUUUGUUGAAAACGCCCUCACAGGUGUAUCAUCCUUCCUAUCCUUGCUCAACAGUUGCGACCUUCUUGUAUCAUGCAUAUUCGACAAACCGAAAAGAAGACAUUGA